CUUCAUCAUGACCUCUUGGCGCUCUCUUUUCUUCUCUCUCUUAUUUUUCUCCCUAACUCCUCUUUUGCUUUCUCUUGGAACUAGUGUUCUGGUGGGUCUCCAACAAGACUGAGGCAUUUGAAAGUCAAGACACGUGUUCAGAGGGUUUGGUUUAAUGGUUUGUGUUUUGAUGCUUCUGUUUUGGUUUUUGAAGGACUUUCAUUCCAAAGGAGAGAGAUGAGAAGAAGGGUUGUUUGUUGAAGUUUUUAGGACUAAAGUUUGAGUUUUUAUGCAAAGUUUGAUGAUAAUGGAUCCACGUUUUUGUGGGUUUAAUGGUUCCCAUAAUGAAAUCCGGUUGGGGAAUCAGUCUUUGCCGAUUCUGCAGAAUCAGAGAUUUGAAAACGGUUUUUUUGACCAAUCUAGGGAAUUUGGUUACCUUCAAUCCAAUCUAGUACCAGCCAACAACAUACCUUCAUCCUCGGUUUUGACUCAUGAGGAAGAACCUUCCCCGGAGGAUUGUGAGUUUUCUGAUGCUAUUUUGAGUUACAUCAGUCAGAUCCUUAUGGAAGAAGACAUGGAGGAUAAGACAUGCAUGUUGAAAGAUUCUUUGGAUCUUCAAAUUGCUGAGAAAUCGUUCUAUGAGGUCAUAGGUGAAAAGUACCCUUCUUCUUCUUUAGGAAAUCCAAGUCCUGUUGAUCCAUAUGAUGGGGGUGGGGAUAAUACUCUCUCUGAUAAUUAUGUUUCUUGUUCUUAUAAUGAUGGUGAUCUUAGUAGCAUUUUUACUAACAAUUCUUUGCGCCGAAACUUGGGGGAACCUCCUAACCUAAAUUUUCAAGGCAAUAAUAGCAUUUCAAAGUUAUCUUAUAGUUCUUCAAACAGUGUGAUAAGUAGUGUGGAAGGGCCUGUGGAAUCUCCAAGCAGUAUUCUCCAGGCUCCUGAUCUGAACAGUGAGAAUCAAUCCAUUUUGCAAUUUCAGAAGGGUGUUGAGGAGGCUAGCAAGUUUCUUCCAAGUGGAAAUGCGCUCUUUGCUAAUUUGGAUGUGGCUAAUUUUUCAACACUAGAAGAGGAUAAAAUGGGGAGUGAUGAAUUGUCUGUCAAGGUGGAGAAGAAUGAGGGUGAGCCUUUCCUUGUUGGAGCCAAAGGAAGGAAACAUCACCACAGGGAAGAGGGGGAUGUUGAAGAAAAUAGAAGCAGCAAGCAAGCCGCGAUUUUCUCCGAACCUACAUUGCGAACAACAAUGACUGAUAUAAUCCUGCUUUAUAGUUUAGGGGAUGGCAAGAAGCAUUACAUAGCCCGUCGUGAGGCUUUGCAAAUUAAGAAUGACAAGAUAGUGCUGUCAAAUGGUAAAUCAAAGGCUUCCAAUAGUGGCAAGGGACGUGGUAAGAAACACAAUGGGAAAAAGGAAGUGGUUGAUUUGAGAACACUUUUGGUCCUUUGUGCACAAACUGUUGCUGCAGAUGACUAUAAAGGGGCACAUGAGUUGCUGAAGCGGAUCAGACAGCACUCAAACCUUUUUGGGGAUGGAAAUCAGAGGUUGGCUCAUAUCUUCGCAGAUGGCCUUGAAGCACGAUUGGCUGGUACUGGAAGCCAGAUUUACAAAGGACUUGUGAGUAAAAGAACAUCAGCUGCGGAUUUUCUGAAGGCCUUUCAUCUAUAUCUUGCUGCUUGCCCUUUUAGGAAGAUGGCUAGUUUUAUCUCUAAUGUUACAAUAAGGAAAUCUUCAGAAAAUUCAGCUAGGCUCCAUGUUAUUGAUUUUGGUAUCCUUUAUGGUUUCCAGUGGCCAACUUUGAUUCAGAGACUUUCUGCAACAUUUGGAGGUAAACUUCGGAUUACAGGAAUAGACUUCCCACAACCUGGUUUCAGGCCUGCUGAGAGAAUUAUUGAAACUGGACGCCGGCUAGCAGCAUAUGCUGAAUCUUUUAAGGUUCCAUUUGAGUACAAUGCAAUAGCAAAAAAAUGGGAAACAAUUCAACUUGAGGAACUCAAGAUUGAUAGGGAUGAGUACCUUGUUGUUACCUGUUUUUAUCGUGGUAAAAAUGUGCUGGAUGAAUCUGUGGUUGUGGACAGUCCAAGGAAUAAAUUCCUGAGUUUGGUAAGGAAGAUCAACCCAGAUUUAUUCAUUCAUGGCAUUACUAACGGGGCCUUUAAUGCACCUUUCUUUGUUACUCGAUUUCGGGAGGCACUGUUUCACUACUCUUCACUUUUUGACAUGCUUGAAACCAUUGUGCCUCGCGAGGACUGGGAGAGGAUGCUAAUUGAGAAAGAGAUAUUUGGGAGGGAAGCAUUGAAUGUCAUAGCUUGUGAAGGCUGUGAGAGAGUAGAGAGGCCAGAGACAUAUAGGCAGUGGCAAGCCCGGAUUCUAAGGGCUGGAUUUUUGCAACAAUCUUUUGAGCGUGAGUUAGUAAAGAGGGCAAUAGAGAAAGUAAGGACUAGCUACCACAAAGAUUUUGUAAUUGAUGAAGAUAGUCAAUGGUUGUUGCAAGGUUGGAAGGGGCGAAUUGUUUACGCCCUUUCUUGUUGGAAACCUGCAUGACAACCAAGAAGGUACAAGUGCAUCUCACUAGGGCUUUGUGAAUUGAUUUCACUUCUGAGGAGCUCAGGUACUUCAAUUACCCCUUUUCUCAGUUCUUUUCAACAAUGCUGGUUUUUGUCAUUGUUGUUUGAGUUUGACACAUCUUGAACUAACAUGAAUCUGAUAGUUGACCAGGGUGUGCCCAAUAUGUAGGGUUCAAGAUUAAAAGUAAGGGUUGAAGCUGUGAGUUCAGUUGGGGAAAACUUGGUUACUGAAUGGCCUGGUAUGAAAGUAGAUAAUGCAUGUUAUUCUCCCAUAAGAUCAUUUAGGAAGUCUGUUUUGUGAUAGCUAAUUUGAGAGUUGUCAAAUGAACAUGAUCCAAUAUAAUGUUGCAGACUGCAGAUGAAUUUAGCAUGUAAUAAGACCAAACCUUUAUUGCUGUUACUCAUUUUGACCUUUCUAUUUCAGUACAUUUUACUUAACUGAAGAUGAUAGUUUGCGUAUUUCCUCCUAACAAUUGAUGGAAUAUUUAUUUUGGAGAAAUACUUGUUGCACACCAGAUGGCGUGUUGCUAUUCAAACUGUACCAAAAGCAAAAGUUUGGUUAGGUCCAUGUAGCUUAAAUGCUGUAAUUGGUGCAAGUGUGGACGUGCUGUGCAAAUAGAAGUUCUCUUCACAUUUGCUUUUGAAGACUUGUUUCAACAUUUGACCCAUGAUGGGUGGUGGGGACCUCCUCUAUUUGGAAUUUUGAACACUGUUGUUGAUACAUAUAUUUCCUUGUUGAAUUAUUACCGGGGAGAAUCAUUUUCUCAAUGUAUGAUUUAAUUUGACGUGCUAAAUAUGGUGUGCGUUUAGUACUUGUUUGGUCCUGCAACCAAAUCUAUAGUUGGUCACCAUUCAUCAUUUGACCUUCCCUUUAGUGGAUAGAUGAUGAAAGUUGUUCUUUGGUACAGCGGAAGCACUAUAAUUUUUAAUUUGGACAUGCUAUUGAAACCCUUCAUCACUAGCUCAUUGCAUGUAACUUAUAGCUAUUGAAAGUGGAUCAAAAUUCAAAAGUAAUUCUGUGUAUGCAUUUAUGGGCUUAAUUUUGAUUCAUUGUCCCUGUUAAACUGUC